AUGGAGACGCCGCCAGUCCUUCCCGAGCUCGCUCGCAAGCCAAGCUCCCGGUCAGAAAUCAUCGACGAGAAGGUGUCCUUCGACGGCAAGGAUGAGCCCAUCAGCGCCAACAUCGAUAUCGGUGAAGUCUGCGAAGACAUCCGUGCCAUCGACAUGGACGAGAACGGGAAGGAGAAGCCCAUCGAAUCCGCUCUGGAUUGGAGUCUCCGGCUGAUUUCGCUGCACGACGACCCCACCUUGCCCAUGUGGACGUUCCGGAUGUGGUUCGUUGCCAUCGGUCUCUCUGCUUUCGGUGCCGUCUUGGGGGAGAUCUUCUCUUUCCGUCCUCAAGGAGUGUAUGUCAGUCAGCUGUUCCUGCAAGUCGCCAGUUUCGCGCUGGGCAAGGUCCUUCAAAAGAUCAUUCCGGGACCCGGACACGACUUCAUGAAGAUGUCCGACAAUCGUUUCUGGCGCUUCAUGAACCCUGGACCUUUCAACAUCAAGGAAAAUGCGGCUAUUCUCAUCAUGGCAGCUGCUGCCACCCACGGUGCUCUCGCAAUCAACAUCUUCGCUGCGGAUGACCUGUUCUACCAUUUCACCCCGAACCCUGCCAUCGCUGUUUUCACCUUGCUCGGUAGUCAGCUCCUUGGCUAUGGGCUCGGAGGUAUGAUGCGCUCUUUCCUCGUCUAUCCGACGUAUUGCGUUUUCCCCAACGUCGUUCCUACCGUGCAGAUGUUCGAUGUGCUGUUCCGUAGCCAGGACAACAUCCUGCAGAAGAAAAGAAUCAAGUUUUUCUGGGUUUUAUUCGUUGGAAUUUCGUUUGGGAAUGGUUCCCUGGUUCGUCAUUCCCGAAAGCUCUACUGUACUUCUGUUGGAUACAAACUUUCACAUCUAGAGUACAUCGCUCCGACGCUGACCGGUAUCUCCAUCGUCUGUCUUGCUCGUCAAAACAGCGCUUGGGUCACUCGCAUCUUCGGUGGAGCUGCCGGUAACGAAGGUCUCGGGCUCUUCUCCAUCUGUCUCGACUGGAACUACGUGGGAUCUGGUGGCUCAGCGUACGGUGCUUUGUUCCAGCCUCUGUCCACGCAGCUCUCCCUCUUCGCCGGUGUGCUCAUUUGCAUUCUGUCCUUCAUCGGUGCCUAUGAGACCAACUCCUGGAAGGCCCAGAGCUUCCCCUUCCUGUCUCAGCUUCUGUUCUAUGAAGAUGGAACCCCAUACAACCAGACGCUUAUCCUCAACGACGAUUACACGAUUAACAGCGAGAAGCUCGCGGUCCAGGGCCUACCGUGGAUGGCGACCUCGUACGCUAUUGCCAAAGUUGGAGGCUCGCUUUCCUUCGGUGCUACGAUCACGCACAUGGCCUUGUGGAACGGCAAGCAGAUUUGGGCCGCGAUCAAGUCCUCGCGGUCCGAUGGUUGCGACGACCCGCACUACCAGAAGAUGAAGGUCUACAAAGAAGUUCCCUUCUGGUGGUAUGCUGCUAUUUUCAUUGCUUCGCUGGCGAUCGGACUCGCUACGAACUACACUGCUCACUCCCAGCUCCCUUGGUGGGGAUUCUUCAUUGCGGUCGGAUUUGCGGCACUUUUCCUGCCCAUCAUCUCAACGCUCUACGCUAUUCUGUGCUAUGUGCCAGGAACAGAGGACGUGGCCCGUAUGCUUGCCGCUGGGUUCUUCCCGGGAAAGCCCCAGGCCAACAUGUACUUCACUCUCUACGCUUUCAAUUCGACUGAGCAAGGUCGUUCGAUGACGAGAGAUUUGAAGAUGGGCCAGUACAUCAAGCUUCCCCCCAGAGUCACGUUCACCAUGCAGUCUUUGGGAGCCGUCAUCGGGGCUAUGAUCAACUACAUCAUCAUGAAGUCGAUCAUCUCCUCGCACAGGGACAUCUUGACCUCUGUGCAAGGUACCAACACCUGGAGCGGUGCCGGCGUCCAAUCAUUCAACAGCGAUGCCGUGUCCUGGUCCCUGGGAAAGCAGCUAUACUCGCCUUCUGGAACAUACGGAAUUAUUCCUCUGAGCAUCAUCAUCGGCCUUGUGAUUCCGAUCCCAUUCUACUUCCUGCACAAAUACUUCCCGAAAGCCCACUUCGACAGCGUUAUCACACCUAUGAUUUGCUCCGAAAUCGGGUAUCUUUCUGGCGGUAUCAACUCUUCUGUCUUCACGACGUUCUUGCUUUGCAUGUUCUCUCAGUACUACGUGAGCUUUGCGCAUCUGCAGAUCGUGCCAGUGGCUGAUUUUGGAUCAAAGCUUCGCCGCCGUCAUCCUGGGUUCUUCCGCAAGUACAACUUUUUGAUGUCCGCGGCUUUGGACGGUGGAACUGAGGUCAUGACUUUCGUGUACUCUUUCGCUGUCGGCGGAGCUGGCGGAAAGACGGUUGCUUUCCCCAACUGGGCACUCAACCCGGUUGGCAACCCCGACUACUGCUCCAGAUUGACCUGAGCGAUCCAUCGCACCAUGUGCCGACGAUAUAUGUAUGCGUUCCCAUGAAUCACACGAUGUAGACACGAAUAUUCUCGGAUCAGGGAGAGAGAGAU